AUGGCGACGAAAAGCGAGGACCAUGACUGGAAGUCGCGGGCCAUGGAGGCUGUCGUCGCCAACUUUGAGACUCGUUCAGACGACCCAUCACCCAACCGCUGCGUCGUCUGCCAUGACGACGUGACCGACCCCUCCGAGACGAUACCGUGCCUCCACCGCCAGGGAUGCUGGGACUGCAUCCAACAAGUCAUGUACACGUUUGGCCGUUGCGCCUACUGCCGACAGCCGAUGCAGAGUCUGAAUGCAGAGUUCCUCCUCGAGUACGUGGUAGCAAUACUCAAAACUGUCGAUCUCAUGGGCAGCGCGGGACAGGCCGAAAACAUGGUGGCCGAGUAUAUCGGUCGCGAGACGGCGCGGGUGUUUCUCCACGAGCUGCGCAGCUGGCUCCGGAGUCCGUUUACGCGGCUCGAGGAGUGGGACAGGCUCGUUCAGUAUGCAGGGGAGGAGAGGCCCGCAUGGUUGGACGGGUAG